AUGGAAGGCGAAGAAGAAGAUCCGUCGAAUCCAACCCAAACAAUGGAAGGCGGUGGAGGUUACGAAGGCAGUGGUGGUGGCGCCGAGUAUGGAGGCAGCGGCAAUGGAGGAUAUGGAGCUUGUGACGGUGGAGGUUACGGCGAUGGCGGCGGCGGGAGUCGUGGCGGCGGCGGCGGCGGCGGCGGAUAUGGCAGUAAUUCACAGAAUCGAAAUGCUUCCAGUUUUGUCCGAGUUAACUCGGCUGAACUGGUUGGCGCUCCAUUCCGAUUUCCCCAAUUCUGCUGUGAAGGGCGUGUGAAUUUUAGUGGUGUGAAAUCUUGUAAAGGGGGUGUGAAUUCUGCAAAUGGAUGUGAAUUCGGAGGUGUGAAUUUGGGGGGUGUAAAUUCUGCAAAAGGAUGUGAAUUCGGGGGUGUGAAUUCUGCAAAGGGAUGUGAAUUCGGAAGUAAGGCCACCGACCAGUCUGACUUCUAUGCGUUCGGUGUAGUCUUGUAG